AUGUUCCACCGACUCUGGAAACCCAACAUACCCAGCCGGCAAGGCAGUCAAGAUCGACCUAGGCUCUCAGAGAAUGGAUACUUCAAAGAACCUGGUGACCUUUGCUCUUCCAGGGAACCCCACACCCCUGAUUUGGGCAGUGGUCCUGAGCAUCUUUCUGGUAGUGAGACGAGUGCCUCCACUCAUACCGACCAGCUGGAGACGGAUAAUCAUGGUAUGCGGCCACCGACAAGGCUAAGAGAAAGGCUUGCCGAGCUCUUCGACGAAGACAUCACGGGCAGGAUCCUGCGCACCACGAUUAUUGGACUGUCAGACAAUAACCCUCCCACCUCGUAUCCCGAAUGCAUCUAUUCUCUGCUCGAGCGUGCCAUACGAAUCGAGAGGUCUAGGCGGACGGACCGCAAGUAUCGCUGCUCCCUGUCGAUGCGCCAGUGGUGGGAGCUUCUCCACGACGAGAAAGCGCUGCAACCGGUCCUGACCGCCACAAGCUCGCUCUUCGCCCGGUAUAACGACAAGGUCAGCGCCAUCCGCUCGCGGGACAAGCUGAUGCAGGAGGGCGUCGCCACUACCAGCCUGGGCGACGCCUUCCUGGUCUUCAUCGUCUAG